GAGUUUUAUGAUAAGAUUGCAACAAAGUGCAAGAUCAUAAAGUUCAUAUCUAGGGUAAUUAAUUCAGAUUGUUUAAACAAUUUUGAUUGUUGUCACUUUUAUGCAGUUCUGUUGAUGAGUGUGUGUAACUUAUGUCCCUAGAAAGCCCAAAAGGCUUAUGCAUUUGAGAUUCAAGAUGUUCCUGUGACAUCAGAGUACUUGGAGGUCAAAUAUUCGGUGAGAGAUGAUAAAUUUUAGGUUAUAACAGAAUAACCAUACCAGUAAACCAGUUUUUAGACUUGUGAAAAUAAUUUUUUUUAAGACACACAAGCUUUCCAUUUUAUCUUGGAAUCUUUAUGAAGUGAUGGAGUUUUAAUCUUUCUUUUUUUUUUCAAGUGACUGUGAAUCAGGAGAUGAACAGUUCCGUAGAUCAUGGAAGGUCGUAACUGGCAUAUUCAAUGUUGGAACCUGACAAUUGAUUUCAAUGUUGUCCAUGACACUUAAUUUAAACAUGUCAUCUUCCCUUGCAAAUAUUGAGAAGGAGGCGAUAUCCAGGGCGUGGCCAGAAUACUUGAGGGGGUUCCCCCACUGUCUUUGUUGUUGCUUUAGUGUUGGAAAUGUGUUCCCUGAAUCUAACUCCAAAAGGUCAUGUGACUUAGUAGGUGAUAAUUUGGUUGCUGGAAGUGUUUGUAACAAAGGUCACUUGUUGAAAGAUAUUGGCUCUUUGAAUUUGAGAAGGGAAGGUGCCAGGAUGGGCUCUAAGUUGUUAAGGCUUAAAAAAGGUUUAAAGGUUUGUUUAGAGUGGAAAAUGCACUUAGCUUAUCCAGCUAGUUUACAGGCACUCAACUCAAACAAUUCUGAAACAAAUAAUGCAAAUAGAACAUAACAGGAAAUUAUAAAAAAAAAAAUCUAGGAGGAGGCAACCAGUUGGCUAUUUACAAGCGUGGCUUAGGAUUUGAACUCAGGACGACCAAGAACAAAUCCAGCAAGUGGCCAAAGUGGGACUCGAACCUCGGGACUGCCGGAUUGGGAGUCUGAUCUAAAGACAACUUGGCCACGCUGCUGCCCCAGGUGAGGGCACUAGGGGAGGGUGGGGGGGGUGAAAGUGAAAGGGAAGGAGGGUUAUUUGCAGCAUUGAUGAAAAGGAAGUUAAUUUGUGACAACAUUAUUCAUGACAGGCGGAUUAUCCUCAGUUACCAUCUGAUCUCACUGGUCAAACAUUCAGUCAUGUGUUUGGUACCAAUACAUCAAGGUAAUGAUACAGAAUUAACCCUUUAAGCCCCAGUAUCCACAUACAAGUUCUCCAAACUGAUCUCCAUACAUUUCCUUAAAGAAUGAGUUGAGAGAAUUUGAUAAAAGAUCAAGGCAUUUUUUCUUGGGUGAUCACUUGGGUGAUCUCAUAACUUAUCUGUUGACAGUGUGUGGAUAUUGUCAGGAGAAAAUUGAUCAAGGUCACUAUUGGCACUUAAAGGGUUAAUGUUUUUUGACUUUGAGAAAUGAACUUGCCAAAGUUAUAAGUAGAUAGUGAAUGUUGGAAAGCAACAAAGAAAUAAUGAUGAAAUAUAACUGCUUAGAUUUUAAAGCUGUAGGAUUUAAACAUUAAAGAAGACAUUAUCAUGAAAUCAACUGUUUCCUAGAUUAGCAAUCUUCUCUCGCCUUUCUGAAAAUGGUAAUUUAAACAUUAUUUCAUCAGAAUGGAGUUUGGUUUUGUGAUUUGGAGUUAUUUCUCUUUAAAGGAAUCUUUUCGUCUUCUAAUUUCAGCCUUGAACUCCUUCUCCUGAGUCGGAAGAUGUCGUAAGUCUUCUCACUGACCAUUACUUAGCAAAUGGUUAAUAAAACCUCAGUAUGCACCAUUGUAUUAUUGAUGUACAAACUAGCCACUAGCAUAAUAGGAAAGACUGUUGACACUGUCUUGUGAUAUCAAGUAAUGGUACUUGUUUUAAAGAUAAGCUGGGACUACAGCUGUAGAUAUUAAAAGUUGCCAGAUAUUGAACAGCUCAGAAGUUCUUUUGGUUUUCUUUUCCUUUUGUCUGCUAUGAAAGAAGCCAGGUGUCAUGCUCAUAGUUGCCAGGGGAAAUCCCUGGUCCCUGCUCCUUCAUGAUGGCCUUAAUAUGGUUGUGAGCAGUUUCUUUGCAUUUGGUGGAAUUACCAUAUUAGGUAAUAUAAAAAGCACCUAUAAAAUACCCACACCUCAACACAAUAAUUGUCAGUACUCAACAAUGAAAAAAUUAAUAUUUUAUUAUUGUCCCUAAGUUUUCCUUGUACUGAGGUGUAUGUUGUUGUUGACUGUAUGUACAAGACGGCAAAAAAACUUAAACAGAUAAUUUUUUGUCUUCAUCAGAGCUCCCUCAGCAACAGGUUAGUUGGUGUAAAGUUGAGGUAGGAAUUUUUUUGUUCAGUCUCUGGACAAUACUUUUUUUUUCCUUAUUUUGUUUUCAUUAAGUGUAACAUCAGUAUUACUAUUUUGCAGGCUGUAGUCACAAAACCUGAUCAUGUUGAAGUAGCAAGUGAACAAAGUCCUCCUCCGCCUAUGGUAAGAUUGUAACAGCAAAAUUAGUGAGCAAGUAAAGAAGAGGGGUGCAUGCUAACACCUAGUGCUGCUGGUUUUCAUUGUCAUUAUCAAUAUCAUUAUCAUUAUCACUAUCAAUAUCAUUAUCAAUAUCAUUAUCAUUACCAAUAUCAGUAUCAAUAUCAUUAUCAUUAUAAUUAUCAUUAUCAAUAUCAUUAUCAUUAUCAUUAUCAAUAUCAUCAUUAACAAUAUCAUUAUCAAUAUCAUUAUUAUUAUCCAUUAUCAUUAACAAUAUCAUUAUCAUUAUCAAUAUCAAUAUCAUCAUUAACAAUAUCAUUAUCAAUAUCAAUAUCAUUAUUAUUAUCCAUUAUCAUUAACAAUAUCAUUAUUAAUAUCAUUAUCAACAUCAUUAUCUUGAGAAAAAAUUUUCUCAAGAUUGGUUUAAAGCUCAAAACGACAUUUCGGAUAGCUCUAGUCAAAAAUAUACAAACAAGGAAAUGAAAAAAGAUUAUCGCUUGGAAGAAUAUGUAAAGAUAGUUAGAAAUCCAGCUCAUAGAAUCAGUAUAACUAAACUGCGAUUGGGAGUUCAUACUUUACGUAUACAAACGGGGAAAUAUGAAAAUAAAGGAGCAUCUAUACCAGUAGAGGAAAGGCUUUGUUUGGUUUGCAAAUUGAAAAGAAACUGCAUAGAAGACGAGAAACACUUCUUAAUUGAUUGUACUGAAUAUGAAAGUCUUAGACAGCAACUUUAUUAAUGAUGCAACCUUCAUCAAUUUAACAGAUCAUGAUGAAACGUUAUAUUUACUCAGAUUGGACAAUGACAAAACUUCACAUAUUAUAGCCAAAUAUGCCCAUCUAAUGUUUCAAAAACGAAAACAGUUCCUGAGUCAAAAAUCCAAUGAUUAGGUAAUUAAAUUAUAGUAUAAUUAUUAUCGAAAUGGUAUAUGCCGUAUAAUUUUGUUGUUUCCGUUCAUAUUUCUUUCUUUUGAAAUUUAUUGUAGUUGAAGAAACCUUUAUUGUAACUAGACCGAUGCUUCCCUUUAGAGAGUAAGGCGCAAUAAAGAUAUACUAUACUAUACUAUUAUCAUUAUCAUUACCAAUAUCAUUAUCAUUAUCAAUAUCAUCAUAAUCAGUAUCAAUAUCAUUCUCAUUAUUAUGUUUUGUGUAGGUUGUCAUGAGCCUUAGUUUUAGGACCAUGUUAAACACCAAGACUCACACCCACGAGGUAAGCAAUGAGUAAAAUCAAGCACUAAAAAUGUCACGUUUUACUUUCUGAAAUGCAUUAAUGGUAUGCCUGUUAUGAAUACCUUCAGCAAUGCCAGAGAUGGGCUGCCUGUGAAGUUGGAUUAUCUCAAUUGUUGGGUGUCCUGUGAAGAUGAAUUGACUUUGGAUCUGUGGUGGUGAUUUGGGAUUAACAAUCAACGAAUUCUUGUAUAGUGAACCUUUUUUCUAAGAAGAGGUGCUGCUUAAGAACCUGGUUCUUGCUGAAGACGGGCUUCAAUACCCACAUCUUAUUCCUGCUACCCCCCCCCCCCUUAUCUCAGUGGGAAAAGUAUGAUUUAGGCCUUGAUGUCCUAGUCAGGCUUACCCCCCUCUUAAAACAAGGGUCAAAGCCUCAGGGGGGGGGGGGGGGGGGAUUCCCAUAGGAAAGGAUGCUCGUCGGAAAUUUUGCACUAAACCCCUAAAGGAGACCAAUCUGGGCGUGGCGCAACCUUUUUUGGACUCCUAAAAGAGACCAUUUUAAACUUUGAUUACAUGAAUCGAGGAAAUAAGACGAAUUAUAAAUAUUUAAUUUUUUAAUAUUUCUUUGCGUGCAACACUAACAGAGACCUUUACCGCUAAAUAUAAUGGCGUUUUGCCCAGAACACGCUAAGUGAGACCAACAUCCGAAAUUUACAUCCCUAAGCGAGACGACGACCAUCCCCGCCCCUUUCAUAUGGGAGUCCUUCCCCCCGGGGAAACCCCUCCCCCUUCUGGUGAGAAGAAUUUCCAGGUCAUUUGACUUUUUAUUCUCUGUUGUGUUUAAGAUCUUGGCUGUGUCAGCUCUGGUUCACCAUGACGUGUCCUUAGAUAAGGCUGCUCCAAAACAGAAAUUCCAAUAUCACUUUUGUGGUAAGUUAAAUGAAGUACCUCAUGGUUAGCUCAGGUGCCAUUACAAUCGCCCUCAUACCAAGUGAAAGUAGGGAAAGUAAGUUGGAAAUGACGAGAAUGGACGGUGUCCGAGUUCAGAGAGCUGGGGAGCUUAAGCAACGACGACGGUGACGGCAACGAGUACGGCAAAAUGAAAAAGGUUUAGAUUUGCAAAGCAACAACUCUGCACGUGCAUCACGCUUUUUUGUACAUUUCUUAGCCGUCGUUGCACGACUACGACGUGAAAGUGCCUAAUUUCACGUUUUGUCGAGGACGGGAACACAGGACAACAACUUUCUUUUUCUUUUCCUGAACUUUGGUACAGUCCUUCAGAACUCAACUCCCAAAAAAUUGCCAACAUUUGACGAAUUAAACGAGAUGGAAUAAGGCAGCACGAAUUCAUUUUUUAAGUGACGUUUUCGUAGCAUUACCGUCGUUGUUGUUUGAGCUCCCUAGUGAUGGUAAAAUUAAUCGUUUUGCCGUUUCCGCUGUCAAGUCAACUUAAAAUUGUAGUUGUGCAGUGACGGCCAAGAAAUUUAUAAAAACGCGUGAUGCACGUGCAAAGUUGUUGUUUUGCUCUCUAAAUCUAUUGUGUUUCUUGUUUUUGUUGCCGUCGUCGCCGUAGUUUCGUUAGGUCUAGCGUCAUGAAUGACUCUUACUGAUAAGAAAAUGAAAGCCUACUUUUUAAAUUACGAGUUCUGCGAGAGUUUUUACCGGCCAUCUUUGUUUUUCAGCUGUUAGCAAGCCGAAUGAUCAGAUGUACCCGUAUGACUUUAAAGAUCUUGUCAGAAAAAAGGUAAAGUCGACUUCUGAAUAGGCAAGAGGUAGAGAAUAUUUGAUGUUUUCCACCGACACAGCCGUAAGCACUACAGUUUCUACCAAACCCUAUUCAGCAGGCAUUUAAGUCAAAGCGCAAAAUCAGCAUUGAAAAAAUCACCAGACAUAACUUUUAGAAAAAAAAUUGGGAAGAGGCAUACCCUCAAUCCUCCCGUGGGUCCCCCAAGGCAAGUUUAGGUAGGGAUUUAUGCUAAACCCUUCAAUCCCUAACCCUGUUUAAGAUAAACACCGUUCAUUUUACUACAUACUGUUCAGGAAAAGAUACAUUUUUUUCCUAGUGACCCUAAUUCAUUUUGCUUCGAAUACAGAAUUCAAGCUCUUUUAGAAAGUGACAUCAUUGAAUUAAUGAAUACGAUUUUUUAAAAAACAUUAUUACCACUCAUUAGACCACUCACCACAAAUGUCCACACCCUGUUCAAGGCUUCCAGUCCAGAAAGACAUCCCAGGGUUCAAGACGCUAAAUAUUGAAAUAAUGUACCCUAUUUUGUAGCAAACCAUUAACGCUGCAUUCUUGGCUGUAAUAUGCAUUGAUGCAUUUUCUUCAGUUCCUUCAGCCAAUAAAAAAAGAAAGAAAAAAUUAUGGGAUCAUAAUUGCUUUCGGAUAGAUGACUAAUUUUAAGGGAGACUUUGACCCUAAGGGUGACCUUUUGCAACGGUUCACGAAAUUCUGUGUGUCUGCAGCCGUUAACAAUUGUCUUUUCUCUAGCAAAUUAAAAUGGAGAUCACUGCAUCGGAGAGAGCACUUCUUGGCUUAUUUAUGGCGAAGAUUCACAAAAUUGAUCCUGACGUGCUGGUGGUAUGUUUUUUUGCAACUUUUUUUUGUUUGACUGAUGAUUUUCUCUCUCAUUCUCCUUCUGAUUUCAUCGUCGAGAUUUUUUUUUCCAAACUAAUUAAAAAGACACGACUCUAAAUGUCGUAAAUCUAAAGUGGUUAAUUGAACGUGUACUGGUUCGUUGAGAAAACAGGUUUAAAUGAAGGUUUUCCAACGUAAAUUGUGCACCGUUUAUUUUUACGGUUGCGGCCCUGGUUCAAACAUUGAAAGGUGCUAUCCACUGGAUAAAUCCGCAUUAUUCAGUGGAUAUGUCUUAUGAAAACCUAUUGCGCUAUGCACUGGAUAGAGAUUUGUGCGGUUGAUUGCCCUAUCUACUACGUUAACACUAGGCUCAGUCUCCCCUCUCCCUUAGGCUCGGGUACUCCCCUCCCAAGUCGGGUGGGGAGUACCGCGGGCGCAUCGAGACACCCAAGGUUAGAGCUGAGCCUAAGUUCACACGGCAGCGGUUGAAUUUUCAACCGGUUGAACUGAAAUUCGUGGGUUUAGGUGAUCCGUUCACACGGAACCAACUUAACCGUACCAAAAUUUAGACGUUUAGCCGUUCAAAGUUCCGUGAGAACAGAGCGGAAGUAUUGAACGUUCCCUUGUGAAGGAACUGUCAGGUCAAAUUUUUCAGCCGGGUCGAAAAUUGGUCCGUUGCCAUGUGAACAUAGUCAGAGUUCUGUACUAUUCUUGUGAAUAGUGAUUUGAUCAGGGCAUAUCUUUAUGCAAGGUUUUGCGCCAAGGAUGUCAAACCAAGUGCUAAACGUUUGAACUCUCUUGAUAUUAUAGGGUCAUGACAUUUAUGGAUUCGAUCUAGAUCUUUUGUUGCACAGGAUUAAUGCUUGUAAGGUAAGUACAAUGAUUCUAAUUGUUAACAAAUUGGAUGAUGAGUUCUUGUAGCAGUUUUGAUUUAUCAAAUGGCAAAUCUCCUUUUUUUGCUCCUUCCGACGCUAAACAAUGCUAACGUGUUUCCUUUUUUCAUAUAGAUACCUCACUGGUCUCGUCUUGGACGACUCAAAAGAACCAUAAUGCCAAAACUCUCGGUAAGAAACUAUGAAAAUGCCAAAUUGCUUGUCUCCCGCCAUCGGAUUCUAGACGAUGAUAUUGAGUAUAUUAAUUUCCGCGUGAGACUGGUUCGGUGCUGUGUCCAAUUGCAGUAUGGGACGGUUUUGGGGAGGCUAUCGCUUUCUUGAUUGGCUAUUACAAGGUUGCGCAGGAAAUUGGGUCAGAAUUCGUCCCGCAAAACAGUCCCAGGAUGCAAUUCAACUCAACAGGGAGCUCAAGCGCGCACGAUAGCGAUGGCGGGAAAACAGCGACGGCUACGAAAACGUCACUUUAAAAGUGAAGUCGCGCUGCUGCAAACUUUAUCGCACUUAUUCCAUCCGUUUAAUUCGUCAAAUGUUAGCAAAUUUUUUGGAGUUUAAUUGUGAAGGACUGUAUCAAAGUUCAGGAAAGAAAAAGAAAGUUGUUAUCUUUUGAUCCCGUCCUCGACAAAACGUGAAAUUAAGCACUUUCACGUUGUAGUCGUGCAGUGACGGCUAAAAAAUGUACAAAAAAGCGUGAUGCACGUGCAAAGUUGUUGUUUUGUCAAUCUUAACCUAUUGCUUUGUUGCCGUACCUGUUGCGUCCGCCGCCGUUGUUGCUUAAGUUCCCUGAUGACAAACAAAUUUACAAAAAUGCGUGAUGCACGUGCAAAGUCGCUGUCGUUGUUGCUUAAGAUGAUAUUACACGAGACGAUUCGCAACGACGAUUUUUAGCGCAACACUGACAGCGUUGCAACAAUGUUGCGACUAUUGGUGUUACGAUUAAUCGAAUUCUCGAUUAAUCGCGAUUAUGACCGUUCGGUUUGAUUCACGAUUCUUUGCUUCCACGUUUCGAUUUUGCUUCGAUUUUUGCACACCUUGCCCUCAGAGAGUUAUUAUAUUGUAAAAUCAGAAUCCAGAAGUCUUUAAAAUGUGCGUUUUUGAUUGACGAGCAAAGACGAUAGUAGUUUGUGCGCCAUUUUGUAUUGCCUGGUAAAAAUGCUCUCCUUCAACCACCCCUUGAGAAUUCCCAAAUAAGGCAAACCAUCUUUGUCGGGUUCUCAAACAUGGCGACGAACCAAGCGACUGUGAAUCCUCCUGUCCCUGUUACUAUUCUCAAAUUGAGGGUUUAGGGUUGAGUCUUGUUAACAUUACACGUUAUGUUAUAAGAAUUAAGAAACAUUUACAUAAUCGAAUCGAAAUAAUCGUAAUCGAAAGACAAUAAUCGAAAUCGAAUUGAAUCGCAAGGAGUAUGAAUCCUUACACCCCUAGUUGCGACAUUGUUUCGAAUAGUUACAGCAUUGUUCUAACAUUGCAACGAUGGGUUGAGCUAAAAAUCGUCGUUGCGAACUGCAACAUUGUUGUAACGCUGUGACAGCGUUGCAACGAUGUUGCGACGUUGUUUCGAAUAGUUACAACAUUGUUCUAACAUUGCAACGAUGUGUUGAGCUAAAAAUCGUCGUUGCGAAUGGUCCCGUGUAACAUCACCUUUAGGCUUUGUUCACUCUAUACCUGGAACACUUAUCCGAUAUGUGUCUCUCCAUGUUAGAGUUCGGCGCCGCGCAGCUUCGCUCGAAACAUCGAUCUUAUGCGUGAAUAGAAGCCCUGUCCGCUAUGGUUUUCGUGCCGGCAAAAAAGCCCUCCGAUCAACCUCGUUACCAGGGUUCUCUCCUACCCGCUCCAUGGAGGCGGGUAGGAGAGAACCCUGGGAACUAGGUUGCUCUCCGAUACAGUAUGAACAUAUAUCCGCAAAACCGAUUCAGUUUCUCUAAAGAUUUUUUACUGAAAGAUGCGCCAAUUUUUACAGCCCAAAUGUAACUUAAGAGAGUACUAUCCUUCGCUAAACGCCUCGAAUAAUAGUGUGUUAUUUUCAAUACUUUUAAUCUUUUUUCCAGAGUGGCGGGUUUGGCAAGGGUGGUAACCUUGAUCGCUGCAUUACCAGUGGGCGUAUGGUCUGCGAUGUCAAGAUCUCCUCCAAGGAGCUUAUCAGAUGCAAGAGUUAUGAUUUAACCGGUAUGCCUUCUGCAUUUAGCUUAGUUAAACCACACAAGGAGUCUACUACUACCAGCGCUUUCAACAGUGAGCCUUCCGCAUUUGGCUUAGUUAAACCACAGCAUCGGCCUACUAUUACCAGCGUUUUUAUUGGUCGUGGUUACACUCAAUUUGUUGUUAUAUAUAAAGAGGUAAAAGCGGUCACACUCAUGUUUGUUUCCCACGUUACUUCGUCGCCGCGCACUGAGCAUCUUUUACGCGGGAAAUUUCAUAGCGUUUCUAUGACGGGUAUUUUAUCGUUUAACACAAAAACCCAAGAUAAACUACUCGAUAGCGAUCGUGGUUUGCUGAACUUUUUAAAGUUUCCUUGGUUUAUUUUUUCGUAUGAUGGACAACACUUGAGGCAAGGACAACAUUUGACGCAGGUAAACUACGAUCAUUUUUAUCUUUCCCCGAGGUAAGCUUGUUGCCUUUUCCCGAGCCGCGGGUAAAACGCCUUGUCGCGCGCGUAAAAUGCUAAGCGCAUCCUCAGUUUUAACGUGACUCGCUCUUUUUUAACAUCCAAAUUACUGAGUUUUAUACACGCUUCUCUUUCUCCCAUUUUUUCUAGCACUAUCGUGGGCUGUCCUUCAGUCCAGAAGAGAAGAAAUCGACCAAGAUGAAAUUCCAAACAAGUUUAAGUAAGUAAUCAAGGAAAAUCUUUAGUCGUAGCCAAAUGUUCUUGCAUCCUACGUCACAUUAUUGCUCACGAAUGUUAGAAAGUGUUCCCCCAUGUUGACUGAUGUCUAACAGAUCAAGACUUUUUUGGAUGGAUAAAUGGUUUGUUUUGGGUAGUAAUUCAUUAAGAAGUCCUUUAAGUUAAUAAUUUAAAUUUUCUUUAUUUUUUUCUCCAGUUCUUCUCACGAACUCCUUCACAUGUUUGAACUGACUUCGGUAAGUGCUGAUCAAUAUGUGUCAUUGAUCAUCUUUGGUCUUGUGAUUGUGUGUGUUAUUGCUGUGUUAUCUCAUGCAUUUUCUGUUUGGUUUUUUCAGAUGGACGCUUUGCUGUCACUAAGGAUCAUGUACGAUUUGAACGUAAGUCUUGGUUUUUUUUCCUUAAAAUGUGAUUUCCACUCUCAUUAGACCUCCUGUUACAUAAUCAAUUUUCUACCUGAACUUCCGUCAUUUUAAUUCUGCGCUUUGUCCCCCAAUUGAAAUAAAAGCCCCGUCCACUCGUGUCUGUUUUUGUUUGAACGCGGAUAUUUUUUUUUUCUCCGGUUUGGUUUCGAGAUAGUCGGGUCUGCGAAAUUCAAAAGGCGCGAAAACGAAAAAAAAAACGUGAGGAAACUGCGGAGAGGAAGGGCGCCACCGCCCCCUUUCCCCCCUUUUCAACUUUUUUUUAACAUCAUUUUUACUUCUAGGUUCUACCACUGGCUCUACAGAUAACGACUAUUGCUGGAAAUGUUAUGGUGAGUCUUUAAAUUCUCUUCAAUUUUCAUGUAUAAUUACCGUUUGAAAAUAUUGAAACUUGAAAUUACAAUCAAUGACCAAUAAUCUUGCUUGUUUUCAGGCCCGCACUCUUCUUGGCGGUCGAUCAGAAAGAAACGAAUUUCUUUUACUUCAUGCCUUCAACGAAAAGUAAGACUUUUUACUGCUCGGUUUCGAAGCAGGUUCUUUUUCAAAUGUCCUAAACCCAGAACAACAGUGAUCCCGCUAACCUGUCACCACAAAAACAAACAAUCAAAUGUCAAUUUGGGAGCAGUAUAUGAUUCUGGGAAACUAUCCCACCUACCCCUCCCCUAAUCCAAUUUUAACUCGUUCUUCUUGCGAGGGCAAAAUGUUGGGUUGGGGGAGAGGUAGGUUGGUAGUUUUCAAGAAUCUCGAACCAAAUGCGGGUGAUCGGCGCGAAGCGCGGGAAAUCUUCAACCUCGUUCCCACGAGUAAGGGGAGGACCCUGUGAACGAGGGUUGGGGAAAUUUUGUGCGGAUAAGUUGCGGUUGGGGUUGGUUUUAUUAUGAUCUGUUGAGAAACUGGGAUGAUUUUUUUUCAGUCGAUUACCUAGUGCAGCCAUGAAAAACACAGUUGCAAAGUUACAUUAAGCAUCAUUGAGAAGUAAAAAAAACUUUUAAGUCAGAUUUAUAUUUUUAUUUUAUUCCACAGGAAUUUCAUCUGCCCUGACAAAAGUUACGGCAAAAAACAAGUGGUGAGAAUUAAGACAACAUUCAGUACCGUGUUAAUUUUACAAACUGUCGAAGCGUCCCUGCGUUUUCCCAGAAAAAUUCUGGCUUAUUUCUAUUAAGCGCCUUGAACUCUAGUCUGCGAACAAGCACUCCAUUUGGCGGCUUUCGUGAAAAGUCACGGGCGAGUGGCACGCGAGACGGACACCGCUCACUCGCGCGUUCUCUCGCGGCUUGCUUUGACCAUCUUUUUAAAAAGAGAGUUUUGUUGGGGGGUCGAAUCAUAAUACGUUUUCCGUUCAUUUAUAGGUUGAGGCAGAGCACGAUGAGGAGGAACAAACACGAAGCGCAAAGAAAGGGAGAAGAAAACCAGCUUACGCCGGUGGUCUUGUGUUAGAUCCCAAGAAAGGUAUUUAACUUAGUCUGUUCCAGGUUCCAAGUUACUUAGUGGGGAAAACGAAAAGAAUCUCCAUUGCACGAUUUGAAAAAGAGUGGGUUUUUUGGUCUGUCUGACUUGUGCCGUUAUUAGUCUGGGGCGGGGGGAGUUCAGAUGGACUGAAGAGGAAUAAAGUGCGGCUUUCUAACAGACGCCUUAUCUCUACAAUGAGGCUACCGGGUACAAGAAACAAAGUUGUCAUCGUGAAUUUAUUUACUUAUUUUUAAUUUGCAUUUGAAAAUCAUGAUUUAACCCCCUCUUAUUGGAAUGGGUAUGUUAAAAUUCAUUGCUUCCCCUGUGGACCACUGAGUUAUUUUUUUCACGAUAGUUAAGUAACAAAUCGCGUGGGACGUUUGUAAAAAUCAUAGUUCUCACUUCACAGGAUGUCGAUCAUCAUUCAGGUGUGCAGCAAAUUCUAAAUAGGUCGUGAUGUUACUCGCGUGAAUCAUGUUUCUCAUAUAAUGUACUUUAUCUAGGUUUCUACGACAAACACAUUUUGCUGCUGGAUUUCAACAGUUUGUACCCGUCCAUCAUUCAGGAAUAUAACAUUUGUUUCACUACUAUCAGUAGAACAACCUCUGGCUCUAUCAGUGGAGUGAGUUAAUUGAUUUCAUUAGUUUCUGUUCUUUUAGUACUGUUUAUAAAACGAGCUGGAGUGUAUUAUCAGGUUUAAGCCAAGAGUUUUUACACCUUAUAAUACACGAAGAUGUAGCGGCAGUGUGCAGUAUGGAUGAAAUGCUAAUUUAUAAAAAGUGUGACCGUUUUAGUAAAAUCCCCUGAGUAGUACUUUCCUGUGGUUUUGUUUAUUGUGUUGUACAAGACGUUUAUAACUUUUGAACCUAUGGUUGAAAUCCUUGUCUGGUCCCCGUUGAAAUUUAAAACCACUGGGUAGUACAGUCAACUUUCUCUAAGACGGACACCUUUGGGACCGGCACUAAGUGUCCGUCUUAGAGAGGUGUCCGUUAAGAGAGAGUCGACUGUACUUACUAUGCCGUACCAGAUGGCUGAAACGACUGAGUUUGUAGAUGAAAUUCGUACGUGUGACCAUUGCGAGAAAAUUUUCAGCACUUUCUUGCUUGUAAUGGGGUGUGUAACUGCGUAAAAAAGUCAGUAUGUAAGACCUCUUCAAGUAAGACCACACGAACCGCCCUGCCUCCUUGUUUUGAUAGGUUCGAAAAGCACUUUCACCAUUUAUUGUCAGUUUUGUUGACAAUAUUAGAAACAACAUUUCAACAAUCACACGGACAAUGUUUCUCGAUUUACUAUUCUUUACCAGUACUUACAUUCUCCCUUAGGAGAGUAUUCUUCCUAGAAGCCUUGUGAUUUUCUGUACUGUAGAGGCGAAAAUUUAAAAAGUAGUUAAUUUUAUUCCUACAGGCCGACGACAAUGAAGUUGUUGAGUUACCUGAUCCAGAGUUAGAGCCUGGAAUCCUCCCAACGGAGAUCAGAAAGUUGGUAGAACGAAGAAGACAGGUUGGUAUCUGCGUUUCUGACUUUAAGGUGUUCUGUCACCAGGAUAUUGUGAGUGUUUUAGGUCAAUCAUGUGAUAAAGUCAUUGUUUAGUGCCUUAACCCAUACAUAAAAUGCUCCUGUAGUGUAAUGAAGAAGAUAGAGCGAUUUUCGUAUGACCUUGAAAACUGGUUUCGGUAAGUGUUCGUUAUUUGUUUUAUCAGCCAAUGGAUGAAGAGAUCAAAACAUGGCCUCUUUGUUUUCCCGCCAAAGAAAACCUUAAUAUGGAGAAGGCACUGUUCGAUUGGCUAAUCGUGAUGCAGUAUGACGUCAAAGCGAAGCAUCGAUUGAUUUCUAGAAAGCCCUUCGAGCAUGAAGUUUUUUCACGCGAGCGUUCGCUUAUCCAACCAAAAGCCACCCGCGUUUGUAUCUGUUCGAUAAACCAAUCAAAUCGCCCUAUUUCCUUACGUUUGUUGUGCUUGUUUUGUUCGCGUGUUUUCACUUCGAGGACAUACGAAAAUCGCUCUAUUAAAAAAAAUUCCAUUACUGAGGCAGCAUUUGCCAUAAUUUUUUGGUGGUUUUUGCAUGCAUAGCAUUAAAACUUGAAAAGUUUCAAUCCUUAUACAGCCAAACCACUUUAUGGACGCUAAGGGGACAAUAAAAAGUGUCCAUAUUAAGCGAGUUGAAUUUAGAGAAAAUGUAAGGGCUAGGUACAAGAAAAACUGUCCGUAAUAACGGGGUGUCCGUAUUAAGCGGGGUUCCACUGUAUAUUCUUGCCGUCAGUAGCAACAGAUGACAGGAAGCACACAGUUUCGUUGCCUGAAUAACAAAACUGGACCAUUUGAAUUCAAUUGAUGUACGUUUUAGCUGUUUAAAAGGAAAGUAAACUGAAUAGCUUCAAAUACCCUCUUUAAUCACUUGAAAAAGUGAUUGAAUCGUGACAUGCUGAUUAAUUCAUUUCACAACUUUAUUUUAAUUACAUACAAACAAGGCCUCCCUUGUGAGCUCGCACGGUGAUAGCGUAAGAAAGGCUGACUAAACGAGAUUAAGAGUUCCGUCUGUGGAUGUAACUGCGGUCGUCGGUCAACAUCCGCAGGUAACAGUGCACUGUUACCCUCUGACAUCUUAGAUUUUGCAACGUUGCCCGCCUAGAGAUUUUGGCGGGAAACAGUUUUAUUGUUAGAUGUCAUGUGACCUCGAAGUAGCCAAUGAGAGCGCACGCUGUUGGGAAGAAAUUUCCAGCUAUGUAACAUUAUUUCUUGUUCAACGCAAGCCUUUUUUUUGCAGGUGAAAGGCAUGAUGAAGAACCUCAAUCGAGAAUCAGAUCAAUAUAUUCAAGUAAGUUGAUGUUAGCCGACAUCAGCUAGAAAUGUAUGUUAUGGAAGCUGAAAAAAAUGCUGGAGCAACUGUAGCGCAAGACAGUCAAUCUUUUUCGAGUGGGUAAUUUAUUUCUACUCGUUCAACAAGCGGCGACAUCGUUCGUCAUUUGUUGAGCAACUAAUUGUUAAACGAUGUUGAGCAGUGAGUCAUAGGCUUUAGUAGUCUUCCUUUAUUUUACGGGUUUAGAGAUCUAGCACGCAGGGUUAAUCCCCCCACCCCUCACCCGCGAGUAGAUUUCUCUGAGAACCUGUUUAUAACCAAGACCUUUGUUUUUGUUUCAGUACGAUAUCAGACAGAAAGCUUUGAAAUUAACUGCCAACAGGUAAAUGAGAUGUAGAUAUAACGGAAAGGUGUCAUUCGUCUAUAAAUUAAAACCGACAUAAUGCAAGUCAGUGUACUUUUCAACUAUUUUUGUCAAAAAGUAUCUUUUUGGGACCCUUUUAUUCAACGCUUUUUCACGUUGGUCUGGUUACAGACUAAAUGUACUUAAUAUGAGGUAAAGUAAGCCUCUAAAGAUAGCAAAUAGCCAGAAAAUUAAAUGUUCCUGAAAGUUACACGGGAUGAUUCGCAACGACGACUUUUAGUGCAACACAGCGUUGCGAUGUUGGAACAAUGUUGCAGGCAUUCAAAACAAUGUUGCAACGCUGUGUUGUGCUAAAAUUCGUCGUUGCGAGUCGUCUGGUGAAACAUCACCUUUAUUCAUCCGCUUCGUUUUUUUCCAGUAUGUAUGGUUGCUUAGGAUUUUCACAUUCUCGUUUCUACGCCAAACCUUUGGCCGCUCUUGUGACAAGCAAAGGGCGAGAGGUAAGACAAGCAAAUCUUAACAACCAUUAG